AUGGAUAAAAAUUUACAUGAAAACAAAAAUUUAACAAAUUAUGAAAUGCAAUUAGUUAAAGCAAAAAAGGUAGUAUCUAAACUUGAAAAAUUAGAAAUUGAUUUUUAUACUGAAUUAAUAAAAUUAAAUAUUUUAAAAAGAAAUACAAAUAUAGAUAUUUAUAAAAAAAUCAUAAAUGAGAUAUAA